UUACUUAACGGGAGAAAAAAAAAAAACACGCUUGAGAGCUCACGCAAACCACACCUUCAUGAACACCUGCUCAAUUCUUCCCAACACACAUCGCCAAAAAGGGGACAGAUUUUUGUGUCACGCAGAUGGCAUGGCACGCCAAGUCGCCAACGAUAUAUGCCGAGAAUUCACCGGACAAAGCCAAGAACAUCUAGCAAAAAUUUUCAAAUUUGGACAAACAUAGCCCGGACAGCUUCGCUGCUGCCCAUCAUGAUUACAACCUCGUCGCCAUCGUCGCAGCCGGUCAGGCUGCAGCAACGAUGGACAUGCCGGAGCAGAGCGGCGUCUCCUGCUCCUCUUCUUCCACCGCCGGCAACCGGGCGGCGGCGUCGGCGGCGGCUCGUCGCCGACUCCCAGAAGACGGCGGCUUCUCUCCGGGUCCGUGCUAUUGCCGCUGAGAGCGAACAGGCUUCUCCUCUACCCGAGCCUCCGCCAUUGCUCACCGAGGAGGAGGAGGAGGAGGAGAAGAUGCUCGCCAACUACGUCCCCGUCUACGUCAUGCUCCCGCUGGGCGUGGUCACCGCGGAGAACGAGCUGGAGGACGCGGCGGGGCUUCGGGCGCGGCUGCGGCGGCUGCGGCGGGAGGCCGGCGUGGACGGCGUCAUGGCGGACGUGUGGUGGGGCAUCGUCGAGGGCGCCGGGCCGGCGCGGUACGAGUGGCGCGCGUACAGGGAGCUGUUCCGCGUGGCGCAGGAGGAAGGACUCAAGGUGCAGGCCAUCAUGUCGUUCCACGCCUGCGGCGGCAACGUCGGCGACGCCGUCACCAUCCCGCUGCCGCGCUGGGUCCGCGACGUCGGCGACGACGACCCCGACGUGUACUACACGAGCCCCGGCGGCGCGAGGAACCAUGAGUACCUCACCAUCGGCGUGGACGUCCGGCCUCUGUUCCACGGCAGGACUGCCAUCCAGUUGUAUGCCGAUUUCAUGAAGAGCUUCAGAGAGAACAUGGGUGACUUCUUGGACUCUGGCCUGAUCGUGGACAUAGAGGUUGGCCUCGGCCCUGCAGGUGAGCUUAGAUACCCAUCCUACCCAGAGAGCCAAGGUUGGGAAUUCCCCGGCAUCGGACAGUUCCAGUGUUAUGACAAAUACCUGGAGGAGGACUUCAGAGCGGCGGCGACAGAGGCCGGGCACCCGGAGUGGGAGCUGCCGGGCGACGCCGCCGGAGAGUACAACUACACGCCGGAGGACACGCGGUUCUUCGCGGCGGACGGCGGCACGUACCUGACCGAGGCCGGGAGGUUCUUCCUGACGUGGUACUCCAGCAAGCUGCUCGAGCACGGCGACAGGGUCCUCGACGAGGCGAACAUGGCGUUCCUGGGCUGCAGCCUCAAGCUCGCCGCGAAGGUGUCCGGGAUCCACUGGUGGUACCGGCACCCGAGCCACGCCGCGGAGCUCGCCGCGGGGUACUACAACGUGCCCGGCCGCGACGGGUACCGCCCCGUCGCGCGCAUGCUGGCGCGGCACGACGGCGCCGUGCUCAACUUCACCUGCGCCGAGAUGCGGGACUCGGAGCAGCCGCCGGAGGCGAUGAGCUCACCGGAGCGGCUGGUGCGGCAGGCGCUGAGCGCGGCGUGGAGGGAGGGCGUCGAGGCGGCGUGCGAGAACGCGCUGAGCAGGCACGACCGGCGCGGGUACAACCAGAUGCUGCUGAACGCGCGGCCCAACGGCGUCGGCCCCGCCGGCGGCGGCGGCGCGCCGCCGCGCCGCGUCGCCGCCGUGACGUACCUCCGGCUGUCGGACGAGCUCCUGACGGCGACCAACUUCCGGGCCUUCAAGGCCUUCGUCAGGAAAAUGCACGCCGAUCAGGAUUGCUGUCCGGAUCCGGCCCGGUACGGGAGGCCCAUGAGGCCUCUGGAGAGGUCUGGGCCGGAGGUGGCCAUCGAGCGGCUGCUGGACGCGACGGCGCCGGAGCCGCCGUAUCCGUUCGACGGCGAGACGGACAUGAGCGUCGGCGGCGGCCUCGCCGAGUUGAUCGACUGGGUGUUCGACAAGGUCGAGUGGAUAUUCUGUUAGCCUUGCUGGAAUACGUGUGCGUCAGGAAAAAAUUGGAGUAUUGCCACGUACUCUAUAAGUACCAAAAUAAACGAAUUUUGUACAAGUGAUGCAUCAUAGUAAAUAAAUCUGAAUAGAUUUUGGGCCUGUUCACUUUGAUGCCAAAAAAAAACCUUAUCAAAUUUUGGCAUUGCCAAA